GUAAUACAGUGAGGGCGUCUCUCUCUCUCUCUAUAUAUAUAUACCUUUUUUUUCUCUCUACCCGCACUGUUGUAUAUAUAUAUAUCUAGAGACUUUCCUCGUUCCUGUUUUCUUUUUGGUAAGUAUCGCAGACAUCGAGCCCUCUAUCUGACCUACUUCCUAUUCUCCACUAGAGUGGAUUUCUAUUUUUUAAGUAGCGAUAGCGCUGAAAGAAAAGUAGGCGUCUCCGCGCUUCCCCCCAAAAAAGAAGCCAUGACGGAAGGUCGCUUAGAGACGGUGCACAACCUGCGUCCCAAGAACUGGGACAACCGCCGGCACUGGACCAACUGGCACCACCUCUACGACUGCGAGGCCGACCACAUCGCCCGUGAGAGCGCCCCUUUUCACGACCUACGCGCCGGUGGCCAAUUCCAGUAUGAGUACGAGGGCAGCGGGCCGUUCGCGCCCCCCAUCGCGCCUGACCGGGUCGCCGAGCGCAAGGCGGGCGACCGCAUGGACUUCGCCAGCGGCAACGGCAAGGAAACGAACCGGUUCGGCCAGAUACCGCCCAACACCGAGGCGGGUCGACCCGUGGAGUCGAGCGCCCUGCCGCGGCAGACCGGCAUGUUUACCCGCGACAACCCCCUGAAGCGAGGCCUCUUCUCCGAGUACCCGUACAUGCCAGACGGGGACGGGGAAGACAAGGGCGACAACGCCAAUCGCGAUCUUGACCUCAAAGGCGCGCCGUCGCCGCGGGCGGGCUACAUGAAGGCCGGCGGCCCCUGCCCCUACCUCGGCGCCCAACCCGAGCACAUUCCAGACCCCUACAAGGAAAAGCCGAACGGCGGCCGGGUGCUGCACUUCCGCACCGGGCCCAUCCAAUACGACUACCCCGAGUGGAUGCCGCAGGGCGCGCCGGAGAAGAAGCCUCGCAAGACGUACGGGCCCUUUCGAGCGGGCAAGCCGGACACGCUGCACAUGGGCAGCGACCCGGAGUGGAUCCCUGACCCGUACGACAAGGGCAGGAUUCGCUCGUCUGGGCACCCCUUCCGCACGUGGCACACCCGCACCAAGUGGUCGAUGCCGGUGCACGCGCCAUGGGGUACGGGGCUGGCCACCGCCGAGCCGCGCAAAGGAGAAACGCUGGACCUGACACAGAAUAAUCUGCCCAACUUGAAGAAUAGCCGCAAGGCCAACAUGGCGCAGACGAUUGGGUCUGAGGCCGCCUUAGCGUCUAUGCCGCCGCUCAAGUAG